UUUGGACGCCAUUGAUACUGUGACAGUGCAACGUAGGAGCAUAUUUUAUAGAAAUGAGCAGAACAAUUACUAUUCUCCUAUGCCUAGCAGUGGCAUGCCACGCUUGGUCCUUGCCAUUCUAUCCCGUGCAGAGAGUCCCGAUGAGGAUGAGGUACACCAGAUACGCCCCCCCACCACCGCCACCGAAACCACACAGAAUUCCUAUUCCAGUUCACGAAGUGACCGACACCGAAGAAUACCAACGGCCGAAGCGCGGUCACGAGGACUUCUACGGUCAUGACCACGACCACGACUCGACCCGGGGCGUGACCGGUCCGAUCCACACUUUCGUGAAGACCGACAAGAAUGCCAACUACAAGUGGGGGGUUAGACACCAUGUGGGGAAUAAGUACGCUUCGUAAUGUGGGGGAAUAUGGGUUUGGUAUUUAUUUAGUUUUUAUGGUUAAUUUAAUUGUUGUUUUGUUGAAUUAAGAGUGUUAAAUGUUA